AUGGAGAUUAACCAGCCAGCUCAAGAAUAUAUGCGCAAUGCCCACACUCUGUCCGCACUCCAGUUCACUUCCCAUUACCCAUUCACCUCCCUCACUCUCUCCGCCAAAUCCCUAGCAGCAGAGUCCACCGCCGACGGGAGAGCCCACCACCGACAGGAGAGCCCACCGCCGACGGGAGGGAGCGGGAUUGGGGGUGCGCAACAAGUGCAUCGGCGUGGGAGACCCCGCUCCGCGCUCGACCGGGGGGUGGGGGAGCAAGGAAGGUUGCUCUGCACGCGGGGGCUGUGGGCCGACGGAGAUCCAAGUCGUCUCUGCCGCAUCCACGGAAACCACAGGGAUCUUGGAUGGCAACAGAGAUAUACUCGUUUCUAUGGGAGGAUAGUUGUCCUUGUACUUCUGCUCUACCCCUUUCUGUGGGUUUGGACUGUGAUAGGAACAUUGUGGUUUAACAAUGCAAGGAGCUAUUUGCCAGAGGAAGGACAAAAAUGGGGCUUCCUGAUAUGGCUGCUUUUCAGUUACUGUGGACUCGCUUGUAUUGCAUGCGUGGCUGUUGGAAAGUGGCUAAACCGAAGGCAUGCUCUCCAACUGAGGGCACAACAUGGGAUUCCUGUCUGUGAAUACGGGGUUUUGGUUUACAUGAUUCGUGUGCUUGAUUGGGCUUUCGAAGCGGUCAGCUUGGAACUGAGAGGAAUGGGCCAAGACACUGCAUAUCAUCCUGCCCUUUACCUCACAACAACCCAGAGGGAAGCGGUGGAGGCUCUGAUCCAGGAGCUCCCCAAGUUCAUGCUGAAAGCGGUGCCGACGGACUGCAGCGAGUGCCCGAUCUGCCUAGAAGAGUUCAAGGUGGGGAACGAGGUGCGUGGCCUCCCGUGCGCGCAGAACUUCCACGUGGAGUGCAUCGACCAGUGGCUGCGGCUGAACGUCAAGUGCCCGCGGUGCCGCUGCUCAGUGUUCCCCAACCUGGACCUGAGCGCGCUCAACGGCAUCCGCUCCAGCAGCGAGAUGCUACAGCAGGAACGCCCCUCGGGAGCAUCAGCUCUUACAACUGGAAGCAUCAGAAGUACAAAUGGAGAUGCUACGGCUCUUACAACUGGAAGCAUCAGAAGUACAGAUGGAGAGAAGAACCGUUUGGCAAAGGCUUCGCUUGCUUAUAACUGUGAGAGGGGAUCCUAUAUCUCAUUCAGUAAGCCCUGUGUCCCAAAUGCAACGAGCUCAUUUUCUGUUAAAUCGUUCAGUAAGAUAUGCAGCCGCCGGAGCACGAGGAGGAAGGCGUCCGUGGCGUCCGGCGCCGGAGCAGCACCCGAUACUUCUUCGCCUCCCUCAACUCCGUGCUCCUCGGAUACGAAGCUGACUGGCUAA